GAAAUAAUAAUAACCUGAUUUUUUAAGAAUAAACAGUCCUAAUAAUUCUCCUCACAAUCUGGUGAAUUAAUAGCAAUAACUCAUCAAGAUCUCGUGCUUCAUAUCUCAAUAACAACAGCAGCAGCACUGCAUUCUCGUGUUUCAUUAAUUUGCAGUUAUUCACCUCAAAGUCUGUUAUUUGCUCAAUAUCUUAAUAAUAAUCCUGUAAGGAGAUAAUAGAAAUCGCUGGGUUAAAGUUGACCGAAAGUCCAGAGGACAAUCAUGUCAUUGAGAGCAUGUGGCUUGAUUAUCUUCAGGAAGCUGCGUGAGACAUCGUCUGCUUCUGCUGCUGGGAACAACAUUGAGUACCUUCUCCUGCAGACGUCCUAUGGGUCUCAUCACUGGACCCCUCCGAAAGGCCAUGUUGAUCCUGGGGAAGAUGACUUGCAGACUGCCCUCCGGGAGACGCAGGAAGAGGCUGGACUGGACUCCACUCAGUUCACCAUCGUUGACGGGUUUAAAAAGGAGCUGAACUACACUGUGAAUGGCAAAGCCAAAACCGUCAUCUACUGGCUGGCUGAAAUGAAGGACAACAACACAGAGGUCAAGCUCUCAUCGGAGCACCAGGCCUUUUGCUGGCUGACCCUCAAUGAGGCUUGCAGGCUUGCAGAGUUCAAGGACAUGCAAGGCGCCUUUAGGGAAGCACACAACUUUCUUUGCUCCAAGGUUGGGGAACACUGCUCCAGGGGAUGCAGGAAUGGGGUUUUGUUUUGUUUUUUUUAGCUGAAAGUUUAACUGACGAUUCCAUAAAAAUAAAAGCAGAAUACUAGGGGGAAAAUGCAAAAAUCUUAAAAGAUGCACUUUAAUUAUGUCAAGCUACUUAAAGCAUGGAUGUUUCCACACACACACACACACACACACACACACACCGAAUUCUUAGAGAGGGAUGUUUAGCGCGAGCAGAAUUCAAAACAGCCUCUAUAAGUUAUAUGCUGAGCCUUUAUACUGGGCAUUGACAAUUGGCGAAACAGGGUCUGGAUGCAACCUACAGUUUGUGGCGCUCAGUGAUGUUCAUGGAGGAGAGUUUUAUCAAGAACUGCUAGCCAUGCUAACUAAGUGGCAGCUUCAGAGGCAGGCAGCAAAUGGUAGAGAGAGACACACUUGUCGACAUUGUGACUGCUUGUGAGCUUCCUAGAGGCAUUUGUGUGUCGUUUGGAAACAGAAUGCUGGUCUAGAUGGACCUCUGGUCUGAUCCAGCAAGGCAGUGUCUUAUGCAUUUGUAUAAACUUGUAGCAGCAGCAGCAGCAGGGACAAAUUAGUCACAUAUGAGAAACCCACCCUGGCAGGCUGAAGUCCUGCAAGGGCCACAAGCAGUUUGCCCAUUUGUGAGAUAGAGAGUUUUCACGUAGGCAAACCUAGCCAUUUUCCUGACCCCAAAAUCCUUGUCUUAACGCCUUUGUGGGCUUCCAUCGUUGCCUUUGAGCCAGGACUGGUAUCAUGGCUGGAGUUUCCGGCUAGGGCCAGGGUUCAAAUCCUCACUCGGGCAUAAAGCUUGCUGGGUGUGACGCUGGGCCACUUGCUGCGUCUCAGCCUAACCUACCCCACAGGGAUGUGGUGAGGAUAAAAUGGGAAAGGAGAGAACCAUGUACGCCACCUUGAGCUCCUUGGAGGGAAGAAGGCGGGAUAUAAAAAUAAAAUAAUACGUGUGGGCAUGAUCGCGAUGCUACACACACCCCCCUUUCUGACAAAGCAUAGAAGCUCAAGAGCAUGAUAAUUUUCCUGUGUGUGGCACAGAUGUCCUCUCUGCACCAAUGCUGUCCCCAGUGCUACUGCAGUACUGCAAUUUGGGCAGAAGUCCAUCCAUUCAUCCCACAGGUCAAGUCAGAUCUUGCCUGUAGGCCACUGGACUCCACUUAGUUUACAGUGAGUUGAGGAAAAUCCAUGUCAGGAACAGGAAAGCCCUUGUACAGUGAUCGCACAAAACUAGCGUGUCACAUGAUCAAUUCUCUGUGUGUGGAUGUGUGCUUUUUGUUUAAAAAUAAAGAAUCCCCAUUCA